GGAAUUGUGAGAGCACGGAAUUAUUGGAUCAUUUAAUUAUUUUAUAAUGCAUGGCUAGUGGCCUGGAGGAAAACUCAUAAAUGCACAAAUAUACCCUUUUGUUUCUCGUCGUCACACAGUACGGCACGUGCCGUAUUGGUUACGGGUUUGCGUUCUCGCCCGGAUGGUCUGUGUGUUACAGUACUGACGCGCUAACAAAGGACUUAUUCUGUACAGUACAGGCCAUUUUCCAGUUAAAACAUAUUCCAUCUCUCCGAUUGUCUUGGAUAUUAAAUAUUUUCCUACGGAUCUACCGACACCAGACGGUAAUGAACGCUAUUCUCUGCCUGCAGCACCCAGAAGUGAACAGUAGGCGACCCGGAAGGUCUGAACUCCGACUGAAGGCAGGCAUAAAGAGCAUCUUAACCUUUUAUAAUAUAUAUUGCAAAUCUGCAAUCGAGGUCCCAGAAUGGCUGAGCCUCGCUUUAAUAAUCCAUAUUUCUGGCCCCCACCUCCUGCCAUGCCAGGCCAGCUGGACAACCUGGUUCUGAUCAACAAGAUUAAGGAGCAGCUGAUGGCGGAGAAGAUCAGACCUCCGCACCUGCCGCCCACCUCCCUCCCUUCCCAGCAGCCUUUGCUGGUUCCCCCCUCGCCCUCCGAGGGCGGGCAGCACGGGAUGCCGGUUCCCAAAGUGCAGCAGGUGCAGGGGCUGCAGUCCCACAGCCCGUCCCAGCCUGACAUCGCCCUGCACGCCCGACCUGCGUCCAGCACCGUGUCAGGUCUGGCACUGGCGUCUCGAACCGGCGGUCACAACACCUCAGAGGUCAUCACCCCGACCACACCCACCUCCAGCAGCCAGAGCAGACUGGGUGGGGCUCCCUCUCCAAACAUCAUCUCAGGAUUGGCCAGCGGCCCAGGAAUGGAGCCAAUCAAGAGUGGCGGAGGCUUGGCGGGGCUUCUAGGACCGCCCCCCAAGAUGGAACGUGGGCGCAAGAAGAUCAAGGCGGAGAACCCCUCUGGCCCCCUGCUGGUGGUGCCCUAUCCCAUCCUGGCCUCAGGAACCGACCAGUCCAACACUGGCAUCCCUGUCAAAGAGGGGAAAACCUACAGGUGUAAAGUCUGCCCGCUGACCUUCUUCUCCAAGUCGGACAUGCAGAUCCACUCCAAGUCCCACACAGAGGCCAAGCCACACAAGUGUCCCCACUGCUCCAAGUCCUUUGCCAACGCCUCCUACCUGGCGCAGCACCUGCGCAUACACCUGGGGGUGAAGCCCUACCACUGCUCCUACUGCGAGAAGUCCUUCCGCCAGCUCUCCCACCUGCAGCAGCACACCAGAAUUCACACAGGUGACCGGCCCUACAAGUGCGCCCACCCCGGGUGCGAGAAGGCCUUCACCCAGCUCUCCAACCUGCAGUCUCAUCAAAGGCAGCACAAUAAGGACAAGCCGUACAAGUGUCCUAACUGCUACCGCGCCUACUCGGACUCCGCCUCCCUGCAGAUCCACCUAUCAGCUCAUGCGGUGAAAAACGCCAAGGCCUACUGCUGCAGCAUAUGUGGGCGGGCCUACACCUCUGAGACUUACCUGAUGAAGCACAUGUCUAAACACACAGUGGUGGAGCACCUGGUGAGCCACCACUCCCCCCAGAGAACGGACUCCCCGAGCGUACCCAUACGGAUCUCCCUCAUCUGAGCGACCCCACGCCACCCUGCCCCGCGCUCCAUCGGCCCCUCCCCCCUGGAGGUGCAGCCAAUAAGGUCUCCCCUAUUCGCUUUCCAUUUUACAGGCCAAACACCAGUCACACGUUUGGCUUUUUUUUUGUUUGCUUUGUUUUGUUUUGUUUUCUUUCUCCCAUAUAUGGGGUCCAAAAAUGUGCCAGACUGUAUUUGUACUUUAACAAAAAACAAAAAAAAAAAAAACAGAAGAAAAAAGCUUUUAAAAAGUAUUUUCUUUUGAUAUCCCCAUGUUGCUGUUGGUCUGAUGGGGAAACGUUUGGGACAUCCAAAGACAAUUUUACUGCACUUUCAGGCCUAAAGGUUUCGGCCAAAAAAGGAUUUUAGUCUGCUAAGACAUAAAAAAGGCGUUGCUUCCGGCAGCUACUGUACAAGUUUUGACCAUAGGUAUUACAGAGCAUGAAAGGACCUCUCUCCUCUGCUUUCUCCUCUCCUCGCUUUGAGUUGUUUACUUGACAUUGAGCUGGCUGUCCAGACCUCUCCAUGAGAAGAGCUUUUGGCAGUUCCAGGUACACAUUGGUCAGCUUUUUCUUCUUGGUGGUUUUCUGUCUGGAGUUUGUCUGUCGUUUGGUGGACCAGUGGCUGUACAGUAGGAAAUGUCAUAAUCCAAAUCCGCUUACUUCUUGUGACACACUAUCCACUUUUGUUCUGUGUCAUUAGAAUCAGUGUAGGGUUGCCUUGCUUCACAAAACAACAGGCCAGCUGUUUUUCUGUGAACUUUAACAGCCAAAGGUUCGUCAGGCAAGAGCUACCAGUAAUGUCAGUAUUACUGACCAGUGGGACUGACUCCUGGUCUGUCUGUCUUUCUGUUUGGUCCGUUCUGUGUGUGUGUGUGUGUGUUUUUUUUUGUCUCUGUCUGUUUGUCUGUUGUGGUUUAGUCACUAAAUCCAUCUGGAGUCUGUCCUCAUCAACCAUCUCUGUGUUGGUGAGGAAAUUUGCACACAUCUUUCACCAUCUUCUCUGACAAAGGUGACAUGCUCAGUCAGUGUUGCAUGUCAGAAAUCUAACCGGGCCACCCAUGAUCUUAUCAGAACUGAUAGUGAAUUGAUGAA